AUGAAUCACGAUCCUUUGCACUGGGGUAGACCUUCUGAUAAUGAGUAUGGUCCGUAUGACUUUGAAAUCGCCAAUGCCACAAAUGCGGCAAAGCCUUGCAAAAAGAAUGAGAUAAAUGAAUUUCCCCAAAUGCACACACAGUCGCCAAUGGUUACGGGUGCAUCUGUUAUUGCAGUGAAAUUCAAUGAUGGUAUUGUUAUGGCAACCGACAAACUAGGAUCAUAUGGUUCUCUAUUGCGAUUUGAUAAUAUGGAAAGAAUGGUUCAAGUUGGAGGCUCUACUGUGGUCGGUGUGUCUGGGGAUAUCAGCGAUUUCCAGUAUUUGAAAAAGAUUUUGGAUGAGCUAGAGAUCGAGGAUGGUUAUGAUAUGGAGCAAGAUAAUCUCAAGGCAUCGCAUGUUCAUGAGUAUCUUAGAAGGGUGUUUUAUAACAGAAGAUCUAAAAUGAAUCCACUUUGGAAUGCUUGUGUUGUGGCCGGUUUUGAUGAGAAGGGGGAAACUGUUUUAAAGUAUGUUAAUCUUUUGGGUGUCUCAUACUCCUCACCUUGUAUAGCAACCGGUUUUGGAUCUUACAUGGGAGUUCCAUUACUUAGACAGAAGGUUGAUUCCGAGGAUGAUGUGAAAAAUCUUGAUAAAAAAAGUGCCAUAAAACUUAUUAAAGAAUGUAUGAGAAUACUUUUCUACAGAGAUGCAAGAUCGUGGAAUAAGUUUGACAUGUGCGUUCUCAACAAGUCUACCAAAAAAAUUGAAUUCCAGUAUGGCCUUCAAUGUGAUGGAAUGAAUUGGAAUUUCGCAAAAGAUAUCAAGGGCUAUGGAUUGGAACAACAAUAA